AAACUGCACAAAUCCUCAUUCAAACAACAUCAGCAUCCAUCAAAUCUCAUACAUCUCUGAAAGUAAGAAUCAGCUAUCAACAACAUCACCAUGUCUGGAAGAGGUAAAGGUGGUAAGGGUUUGGGAAAGGGUGGUGCAAAGCGUCACCGUAAGGUUUUGAGGGAUAACAUUCAGGGAAUAACAAAGCCUGCGAUUCGCCGUCUUGCAAGGCGUGGUGGUGUGAAGCGUAUCAGUGGAUUAAUCUAUGAAGAAACUCGCGGUGUUUUGAAGAUCUUUCUGGAGAAUGUUAUCCGUGACGCCGUUACUUACACGGAGCAUGCUCGCCGGAAGACUGUUACUGCAAUGGACGUUGUUUAUGCUCUCAAGAGACAGGGAAGAACUCUUUACGGAUUUGGCGGUUAGAAAUUUGGGAAAUACAAUUUCAAUUAGGGUUUCUUGUAAUUCAGAUCUCAAUGUUGAUAUGCACUACUGUGUAAAAGUACCCGAGUUUUAGCAUUAACAUUAGUUUUUGCUUUUCUCUUAUAGUUAUAAAUUGAUGAUUUGAAUUUUUA